GCUCAGGGCAGGUCCCGGGCGCUGGGUUCCCCAGGGCGGCCCCUGGCGGCGGAGCGCGGCGCUGACAGGUCUCAUGCCCCACGGCGCUGCUCCCGCACAGGAUGUCGGUGCCCCUGGCUGAGCUCCCCACCAGCCCCCUGGCCCUGGAAUAUCUCAACGACUUUGACCUGCUGAAGUUUGAGGUCAAACGCGAGCCGGCUGGCCCGAUGGGUGGGGCCUCCCUGGACCCCUCCCCCUGCAGCUCAGUGCCGCCAUCCCCCACACUGAGUGAGGCAGGGCUGGGGGACAGAGGGGACCCCAAGGCGGGGCUGGAGGAGCUGUACUGGCUGGCUGCGCUGCACCAGCAGAUGGCGGGGGGCGGGGAGGAGGUGGGGCUCAGCCCAGAGGAGGUGGUGGAGGCCCUGCUGGGGGGGGCGGCCGAGGGGGGCUUCUGCCUCGGGGGGCCACUCCAGCAGCAACAGCAGCUCCUGCCCCUCCGGGACCCUUUCUCGGACGAGCAGCUGGUGGGCAUGUCGGUGCGAGAGCUGAACCGCCGCCUGCGGGGCUUCGGCAAGGAUGAGGUGCUGCGGCUGAAGCAGAAGCGCCGCACGCUGAAGAACCGCGGCUACGCCCAGUCCUGCCGCGUCAAGCGGGUCCAGCAGCGCCACGUGCUGGAGGCCGAGAAGUCCCAGCUGGCCCGCGAGCUGGACGCCCUGCGGGGGGAGCUGGCCCGGCUCGCCCAUGAGCGUGACAUCUACAAGGCCCGCUGCGAGAAGCUGCUGCCCCAGCCCCCCUCGCCCUCCCAGUUCUUCCUCUGAGCUGCCCCCCGGGCACUGGGUGGGCGGCCAGCAGGAGGCGCUCCUCUGGGAAGGACUCAGGGGGCGUCCUUCCGCCCCUGGCCUCCAGGGGGCGCUGCUCCGGGAAGAACUCAGGGGGUGUCCUUCCACCUCUGGCCUGCAGGGGGAGCCCACUGGCUCCAUGACGCCUCCGGGCUCUCUGCAGCCGCAGCGCUGUUACCCCCUUUUGCCACCAGGGGGAGUGCGACGGGGACCUGCGGGGGGAGUUUGGGGGUGACUCUGUGGUUUCCCGUCGGGGGAGGGAAUUUUUUUAGAGCCGGAUCAGUGUUGGAGUGGAUUAUGAUGUGGGGGAUCCUCCCUGUGGCAAUGGGGGUGUGGGGGGGCUGGACUCCCCUGUUGCAUGCUGGUCAUGCCCCCCAAUGCUGCACCCCAAAAAACAGCACCAGCAGCCAAGCACCCCCUAGAAUGACCCCCUGCACCCAUGGCUGGCCACUCCCUGUACCUCAGUAUCACCCUCUGCACCCGAGCAGGGGGUGCACCAGACAGCCCCUGCACCCCACUGUCAACACCUCUGCCCCCCGACUGCAGUGCAGCAGCAAACUACCUCCUGGCCCCUCAGAUUGACUCUCAGGCCACCCUGCUCCCCAAUACUGGGGGUGACCUCAAACUGCCCUGCACCCCCUUUCUGUGCCCUGCACCCCAGGCUUGCAGUGCAUCAGCCAAAGACCCCCCCAUCCUCUGCCUACUGAACCCCCCCAGGGAUCAUCCCAAGAUUGAUGCCCUGCACCCCAGGAGGGGGUGCACCCGUCAAUCAGCCCCUCAGGUAGCUCAGGACCCCCGAGUGCCCACAACGGCAGCCCCAGUGAC